AUGGCCGCGGGGGGCGGCGGCAGGAAUGCGCCCCCGGGCAGCGGCCCCCGCGACGGCAUGAGGCGGGACGGCGGCACCGAGCCCUACUGGUCCAGGCCUGAAUGCCGUGUGUGGACAGUGAUGCUGCUGCUGGGGACCUGCCUGCUGUACUGUGCCCGUGUCACCGUGCCCAUCUGCGCCGUGGCACUCAGCUCCUACUUCGACUGGGACAAGAAGCAGUUUGGUGUCGUGCUCAGCAGCUUCUUCUGGGGAUACUGCUUGACACAGAUUGUUGGAGGACACAUCAGUGAUCAAAUAGGAGGUGAGAAAGUCCUCCUCCUUUCAGCAUCAGCCUGGGGGUUCCUCACAGUCCUCACCCCGCUGCUCACCCACAUCACCUCAGCCCAUCUGGUUUUUAUGACCUCCUCCAGGUUCCUCAUGGGGCUCCUGCAAGGGGUGUACUUCCCAUCCCUGGCCAGCCUGCUGUCCCAGAGGGUCCGGGAGAGCGAGCGAGCCUUCACCUACAGCACAGUGGGGACUGGAUCCCAGUUUGGAACUCUGCUGAUUGGUGGUGCAGGAUCUCUCCUCCUGGACUGGUACGGCUGGGAAAGUGUUUUCUACUUCUCUGGUUUGCUCACUCUGCUCUGGGUUUAUUGCACCUGCAAAUACCUCCUGAGUGAGAAAGAACUCACCAUCCCCAUGAACUGUUUAACAAGAGGCCUCUCAGUGCCCAAGCAGACCAAAGUUCCCUGGAAGCAGCUGUUCAGGAAGGCACCAAUCUGGGCUGUCAUCAUCGCCCAGCUCUCCACGGCCAGCACCUUCUUCACCCUGCUCUCCUGGCUGCCGACUUUCUUCAAGGAAACUUUUCCAGACUCCAAGGGCUGGGUGUUUAAUGUAGUCCCCUGGCUGGUUGCAAUUCCGACGAGCUUGUUCAGUGGAUUUCUGUCUGAUCAUUUAAUUAGUCAAGGGUACAGAACCAUCACCAUCCGCAAGUUCAUGCAGGUCAUUGGCUCUGGUGUCUCAAGCAUUUUUGCUUUGUGCCUGGGCCAGACCUCCAGUUUCUGCAAAGCAAUAGUGUUUGCCUCAGCCUCUGUUGGACUGCAGACCUUCAACCACAGUGGCAUUUCAGUAAAUGUGCAGGACCUGGCCCCCUCGUGUGCUGGCUUGCUCUUUGGGGUUGCAAAUACAGGAGGAGCCCUCCUAGGUGUCAUUUGUGUGUACCUGGCUGGAUACCUGAUUGAGACCACUGGCUCCUGGAUUUCUGUUUUCAACCUGGUGGCAGCUGUGAACAGCAUUGGGCUCUGCACAUUCCUCCUGUUUGGAGAGGCCCAGAGGGUGGACACAGACUCUGAGUAUGUGGAUCUUUAGAG